UCGCGCGCAAGAGCAACUAGCAAGAACAGAGUAGCGGAGAAGCGGAGCAGUCGUGAGCGGCGCGAGCGCAGGUGAAGGUGGUUCUCUUCUCUCAUCCCCUCCGAUAAUGAACGGCGCGCGAUAGCUGUCAGUUCGCGUUCCGUGGGUGCAUCUCGUCGAGCGUCGUGCGCGCGCGAUGCGCCGUGUGGCCGUCGGUUUCGUGCUCGCGGUAAAGACGCGCUGUACGACGACGGACAAUCACUAGCCUACCCCACAAUCGACAUUCCCGGAGUCCUGGGUCUCGUACGCGUCCAGCGUCGCCGUGGAUUACCCGCGGGGUGGCACGGCCGUGAAGAGACGGAGGAGACACGCGGUGGAAGAGGAGCAGAGGACAACGCGAGGAACGGAGUGGCGAGUCCGAUAAUCCGGCGAUGGGUGGACGGACGAGAGGACUUUGAGAGUUUGUACGAUAUACAAACCUUGUCGCCGACUCGAUCGCUGGAUAUCCAGACUGAGUUUUCAACAAGACGAUGGAGGCUUGUCCCGCGAGUGUAUCCAGGAUAGAGGGUGCGUAGGACUCGCGCAGAGGUAGACCAGGAACGAGAGAUCCAGCAUGGGGAAGUGUUGCAGCAAGCGGCAAGAGUCUCAACCGAUCGGCUAUAAGAAAGCAGACACGGGACUCAGCUCAAAGCACAGCAAUGGAGGUUCCUUGGACCGAUACACCGCCGACCCAAAUCAGAGAGGCGUGCAAGCUCGGGCGGAUAUUAUCCGACCGAGGCCGACACCCUGUAAGCUACAGAUACCGCAUCAGCAACCCCGUAAAACGAAUCCGCCUGUUAAGUCUGCAUCGCACUCACAAAGAUCCAACAAGAUCGUGGUGGCAUUGUACAAUUACACGGCGCGAGAAAGUACCGACGUUAGUUUCAUGAAAGGCGACCGAAUGGAGGUCCUCGACGAUUCCGAGCCGGACUGGUGGAGAGUGCUGCACUUAACGACUCUGCAGGAAGGCCUGAUCCCUUGGAACUUCGUGGCUGUCGAGCGGUCGGUCGAGAGCGAAGAUUGGUUCUUUGAAAAUGUGUCGCGUAAGGAGGCGGGCAAAUUGCUACUAGUUGACGAGAAUCCUCGCGGUACAUUUUUGGUGAGGCCGAGCGAGCACAAUCCUCGGGGUUACAGCUUAUCUGUUAAGGAUUGGGAAGAAGGAAGAGGUCAUCACGUGAAACAUUAUAAGAUUAAGCCGCUCGAUAAUGGCGGCUUUUUUAUCGCCACCAAUCAAACAUUCUCCAGCUUACCGGCUCUGGUUAUGGCAUACAGCAAAAACGCGUUGGGUCUCUGUCACGUGCUUUCGAAGCCCUGCCCGAAACCGCAACCGGACAUGUGGGAUCUCGGACCUGAGUUGCGCGACAAGUGGGAAAUCAAUAGGAACGAGAUACAGCUGAUCUCGGAACUGGGUAACGGCAAUUUCGGCAAGGUUUAUUACGGCAAGUGGCGAAACAAAAUUGAGGUGGCGGUAAAGACGCUGCGUCCAGGGACCAUGUCGACCGAGGCGUUUCUCCAGGAGGCAGCUAUAAUGAAGCAAUUCCGACACAGGCAUUUGGUCGCGUUAUAUGCGGUCUGCUCGAAAGAGGAGCCCAUCUAUAUUGUACAAGAGUACAUGUGUAACGGCAGCCUGUUGGACUUCCUCCGAAAGGGAGACGGCAAGUACAUGCAAUUCGAGGAUCUGAUUUACAUUGCAGCCCAAGUGGCCUCCGGUAUGGAAUACCUCGAGAGCAAACAGCUCAUACAUAGAGAUCUCGCGGCAAGGAACGUACUGAUCGGUGAGAAAAACAAAGCGAAAAUCUGCGACUUUGGUCUCGCUAGGGUGAUCGAAGACGACGAAUAUUGUCCGAAGCAGGGCAGUAGAUUCCCUGUCAAGUGGACUGCGCCGGAGGCUAUCGUCUAUGGCAGGUUCAGCAUUAAGAGCGACGUCUGGUCCUACGGAAUCCUGCUGAUGGAGCUCUUCACUUAUGGACAAGUUCCUUAUCCUGGUAUGCACGGUCGUGAAGUGAUUGAACAAGUGGACAAGGGCUAUCGUAUGCCGAAACCAUUGAACCAUCCGCUACCCGACAGCAUCUACCGACUGAUGCUACAGUGCUGGGACGCUAGCCCCGAGAAGCGGCCCACGUUCGAGUUCCUGAAUCACUAUUUCGAAUCGUUCAACGUCACUAGCGAAAUACCGUAUCUCGAACCGCCGACGGACUGAUAUACAGCCCAUCAAUAUAUGCAAAAUCAUCAUCUGCCGCCGCACGGUCACUUUCACCCAGCCCACAUCAAUUGUGCCAUGGAAUUUUAUGGUAUUUACUGCUAAGUAAAUUAUUUAGCAUGCAUUACGCUGCCCUCAUCGGAAUCUUCGCGGACUGGAUGCAUCGUUCUCACGGAAGGAAAAUACUUCUAAUAGGAGAACACGUACACAUCCUCGCGAGAUCUUGCAUCAUUGUCGCGAAUGGCAUUUUUUGGACUGCGAAAUUUUUCUGUAGACUUUGGCGACCAAUCUUCUUGACAUACAGUGCCGCGAACUUAUCGAACUUAUCACUGUCAAAUGCUGCCGAAAAUUUCCCCUCUCGUCUCUUUUUUCUCCUUUCUCCCUUACGUGUCCUUACAUGUCCUUAGUGUUAAGCACUAAAAACGUCAAACGGAUUGGAAGUUGAGUGUGCCAUGGUGUUUUUUGUAAGUACCGUUCGCAGGAACGAAUUAACAAGAUUCUAAACCUUCAUGACCAAUCAGGCAUUAACCGUAAUAUUUAGAAUCGGAAACGAGAAAUGACUGCGUUAUUAGAAUCGCAGAAGCACCGGCGAGUCGUUUUACCUGCCCAUAAAAUUUGCGACUAUUUAAGCGCGUUUUCAUAUUUUCGACGAGGAGCAACCACAAUAAAGACGCUAGCAAUUUCGAUAAAUUUAGACACAAGUCACGGUAUUAGGAAAUAACGUGAUUUAAGUUUGGAAGUAAAAUUCGGAAUUAUAGAUUAUACAACAUAAUACAUCGUAUAUUAGUAUGUUAGCAUAUGAUUACGAUAUAUAUAUAUAUAUAUAUAUAUAUAUAUAUACAGAAUGAAAAAAGAGAGAAAAUGAGGGAGUGUAUGCGUGUGCGUGUUAGCGCGUAUUGUGAAUUUGUGACUUGUCACACAAGAGCAUGUUGUAUUUAUAUUUUAUUGACUUCGGAUCACGAUUACAUCCGAAUUUUCCUAAAGUCCAGUUUUUGGAUACAUAGUCCUCGAGGCAGAGCAUUUUCGUACGUACCGUUUAUGGCGAAACGCUAUCAUGAACGCGUGAUUUUUCAAGAGCUGAACGUAUAUGAAAUAAGAUGAGAAGGAUGUUUACAUACAUGAAUUUCUCGCAUAUAUUUGUCCGCUGAGAAAGGAGGUCGAGAAAAGAAUUCUCAUAUGGAACGGUUACUGCGCACAAGCUGCGUGAAGUUUAUAACGUUUUCGAGUGCAGUAGGUUUGAACCCAACCCAAGUCGGACGUUAAAUCGAAUUUAAUGACAUCACAUGCUCUAUUUUAAUUUGUGAUUGGACGAGAUCAUGAUACUUUCGGGUUGAUGGAUCAUGUACCCAGAUUGGGUUUAAACUCAUUGCAUCGAAAACGCUAUUAUUUUCGAGACGAUAUUAAUGUUUGACGAUUUAUUCCUCCUAAGUGUUAAGAGUCACGUGUACGAGUUUACGUGCGCUUGCCUGUUAUUGCUACGCAAUAAUUUCAUUUCGGUUGUAAAACGCACGCAAAUGGACAAUGAGAUGCAUCUACUUGGACUUCAAAGAAAGUCUCGAUGCUCAGUCGAGAGUUUUAUCUCAUGAGAGCGACUUUCGGUAAUAACUUGUUAACAUAUUUACUGAGAACAAUCUGAAUGACAGGAACUCUCGAGUGUGCACACAGCCAAACGUGUCUGCCAAAAACAGAUCCGAUUGUAUUUACGAUUGUAUCCGCUUUCUAUUGAUCUUUUUUUUAUAGUUCUUUUUUAAUGUAGCACCGAUGCAUUUAAUACCUGUGUUUUCACGCGUGUAAGUUGUUUAUAUAUCCGAUUGGAUAAUAUAUCCGAUUUUAAAUAUCCUGCGAAAACGCAGUGAAUACCUCGCACAAAUUUGUUAUUUUUUAUUUCGGCAGUCGCUGUAUGUUGAAUUGACGCUCUUUCGCGAAGUACCAUUGGUCUUGUUGAAGAGA